AUGGCUAUGCAGAUGUAUAUUGUUUGUGAUAAUCCACGUGAGGAUUGUGUCGAAAAAGUGAAAGAUUAUAUGACAAAAAUUAACAAUGAACUGGACCGAUUAUCGGAAGACAAAACAACGGAUGUACGGGAAGUUGUGCCAGAAAGCGUGAUCCGCGCCGAUGAGACAUUCAUGAGUUAUAUUCGAGAACACAAUGAAAAGUAUGUUUUUGACGUUAGAGCUUUUUUUAAAAUGCUAAAAAAUAAAAAUGAAAAAAAAAAAACCCACCGCCAUAUAAGGUCUACUGGUGGACUGAAGAGGCAACAUUGGUUGACCAGCAGCUAA